GUGCCAGGGAAGACCUCCUCUUUGUGUUCCAAAUACUUUGCUUCAGACGACUUUCAAAGGCCAUUAAACACAGAAGGGAACUUAAAGCGAGAUUUAGAAAAUGAUGAAAUUGGGGUUUGUGCUUUCCCAUCAAUACACGCUAAACGGAAAGAAGACGACGAGCCGCCAUCUAUAAAGAGAAGGGAAGCGCGAAUGGUAAGAAAGUAUUCUCACACUUGCUCGAGACAUUUCAUGUGAUUUUUCUUUCUGUGAUUCACAAUUGGUCCUCGUACCAUCAAAGUUAAAGAAAUCGCAAUUGUUUUGCUGUUUUUCACAGAUUGCUAGAUCUGCGAAGGCUCACCUCAAAAAACUGCAAGAACCAGAAGUGACCAGUAUUGUUUAUCCUUCCACAAGCAUUCAGGCGGUAAGAAUUUCAACUGCAGGGUAUACUUGGGUGUGCUUGUGUAACCUUUUGCGUUGUGUAUUAUUGAAUAUUUGCAGGCACAAACUGUACAAGCUGAAAACUCACAAGAUAUUCAGAUCAACCCGUCUACAAGCAGUCAAUUGGAGGAGGUAAGAUGCUGUGUAAUCUUUUAUAGUUUGAGUGUAAUGGAUGGUCUUGACUAAAGCCUUGUCAAUUGAUAGCUUGUUAUUGAUAUUCCUGAUUAAGACAUUACUAGAAGUAAUAGUACGACUGAAAUCCAAAGCAACGCUUACCAAAGAAAAUCCUGUGAUCAAAGUUUCACAUCCUUUGGUAAACACUGUUGUGAAUGAUGCAAGAUUAGUAUAGCAGCAAAAAAGAUGAGUGAUUGAUGUCUGAUGUGAAACUUCAAAAAACUAUUAUCAUUGAUUUUCACAGGCCAAACAUGAGACAUGUAUUGGUGGCUUUCAAGAGCAAUCUGGAUUGGAACCUGAAGCUACAUGUGGCACCAACAUGGUACAUUCCUUACUGCAAACAAAUAUUCAUUUGCAGUCAUGUAACUUUCCAUUUCAUUAUGCUACCAGAUCAUCAUUAGUAAAAAGUGAUGGAAGUGGCCAAUUUUUUUUUGUAGAUACACGAAGACUUUGUUACGUCCAAGAUGCAGAAGAGAGUGAACCUUUAACACAAGUGGUAUGUAUCCUGUUUUGUAAUUAUAAACAUAAUAAUAAUGAUAAUAAUAACAAUAAUAAUUAUAAGUGUUCAUUUCUUAUAAUUUUGAUUUUACAGGAUGAUAUUCUUGGUAUUUAUUUUAAAAGAUAAACCAUGGUUUUUUUUUAAUAUAUAAUACAGGAUAAAUCAACACAGACACUGGCAGAUCAGAGAUGUAGUAUCCACAGCCAUGAAAUGGAACUUCUAAAAGGGUCGAUUGGGUAA